GUUUUUGGACGUCUGGCAAUAAUUUAUAUCAUUGAUGGAUGUCCUGAUGUCCAGAAUACGAUAACGACUUUCCUGUUAAUAGUGGUAUAUUUUUCGAUCGAAAUUUUCCGGUAUCCUUAUUAUGCGGCAUCCAGUCUCGAACUUAAAGUAAAUUUGCUGACUUGGCUACGAUACAAUGCUUGGAUCCCAAUGUAUCCGCUCGGUUUGAUUCUUGAAGGAAUAACAAUGUAUCGUGUCCUUCCGUACUAUUAUCGAACCGACAAAUACAGUAUCGAGUUACCAAAUCCAGCAAAUUUUGCAUUCAAUUUCGCCGUUGCGCUUGGAAUUUUCUUAUUUUUCGUAUUUCCUUUUGUGGCAAAAUAUCUCUUGACUCAUAUGUGGAUACAGCGGCAGAAGAAAUACAAAAGCGACUUGAAAAAAGCUGCUUGA